CCAAGCUCGAGAAUCUGACUAAUGUCUGUUCACUCUAUGCAACACAUUUGUCCAUUCCCAGACGCUCCAUCCUUUUCAAAACUUUCCCUUUCCAUCUCUCUCUCUGGGUGGAGAAAGUAGAGCAAGAAGAAGAAGCAGCAGCAAAACAAAACACAAACCCUAAACCCUGAAACUCACUUCUCUCUCUACUAAACCCAAAAAAACCCACAUUUUUUUUUUAGUGUCUAAGCAGGUCUCACCAAUCUUAGACCUUCCUCUCCAUUUCUUCUUCUUUUUGGUAAACAAAUCAUAGAAGAAGAAGAGCAAACCAAAAAACAGUACCAAAGGUCCAAAACCCACUUCAAUUUCUUUGAAUACCAAAGCAAAAAACGCAUUUCAGCCUCAUUUAUUGCCCAAAAGAAGCAUAUAUUUUUUUCAGCUCUCAACUCUCAACUCUCUAAAACUCUAAACGAUGCCAAAUCAAAAACCCAUCUUCCAAAACCUCUUCUUUUUACUCCUUUCCUUGUCAAUCUUCACCAAUGUAGCUCAUGUGAGCUCAAAGUCCACCAUUGAGCCCUGCUCAAACUCUGACUCUUGCAACGCUGUCUUGGGCUACACACUCUACACUGACCUCAAAGUCUCCGAAGUAGCCUCACUCUUCCAAGUAGACCCCAUAGCGAUCCUCACAUCAAAUGCCAUCGACAUCUCUUACCCUGAUGUCGAGAACCACAUCCUUCCUUCACAACUCUUCCUCAAAAUCCCCAUAACCUGUUCCUGUGUCGAUGGUAUUCGAAAAUCGGUCUCGACCAAGUACAAGACUCGGCCUUCAGACACUCUUUCCACGAUUGCUGACUCCAUAUACUCGGGUUUGGUCUCGGCUGAUCAGAUUAGAGAGGCUAAUUCGAUAUCUGACCCUUCGGUUCUCGACGUGGGGCAGAGCCUUGUGGUGCCUUUGCCUUGUACUUGCUUCAAUGGGACUGAUAAUUCGUUGCCAGCUACAUAUUUGUCCUAUGUGGUGAAGCCUGUGGACACGUUGGCUGGGAUUGCUGCAAGGUAUUUGACUACUAUUACUGAUUUAAUGGAUGUGAAUGCUAUGGGGAGCACGGCUAUUAAGGAUGGAGAUAUACUUGCUGUUCCUUUACCAGCAUGUGCAUCUAAUUUUCCAAGAUAUGCCUCGGAUUUUGGCUUGAUAGUGCCGAAUGGGAGCUAUGCCAUUACAGCAAGUCACUGUGUGCAGUGCAGUUGUGGGCCAGGGAACCUCAAUUUGUACUGCAUGCCUGCUUCGUUAGCUGUUUCUUGUUCGAGCAUGCAAUGUCGAAACAGUAAUCUCAUGCUGGGGAAUGUUACAUUCCAGCAGAGUAGUGCUGGUUGCAAUGUGACUGCUUGUCAUUAUGGUGGUUACGUCAAUGGCACCAUAGUCACUAGUUUGUCCACAUCUCUUCAACCCCGAUGCCCAGGAGCACAGCAAUUUCCUCCACUUAUAGCACCACCUAACUCAGUAACCAGGGAUUCAAUGUUUGCGCCAUCACCUUCACCUCAGUCCAAUGGCGCUGGAACCCCAACACCCAAGUCUUCGGGGGUGCCAACAACAACAACUGGGUCACUUCCAGGACUUGGACUUCCCCCUGCAAACAGCCCUAUUGCAAGUGCUUCUUCUGAUGCGUCCUCCUUGGUGAAUUCAUUAGCCACGUUUCCAUCUGCAUUUGUUUUAUUUAUUUUUGUCAAGCUCAUGAUGUCCAUGUCAUUGUAAUACUGCUGAUUAUUGUAUGCCUCGAUGGCGGGGUUUUGUUCUGCAUGGUUGAUGCAUUUUUUUGACUGGUUCAACUUCUUGUAUUUAACUCUUAUUUCUUUGUUUCUACUGUCAAACUCAUUUAUUGAUGUGGAGAGUCCUUAGUUUCCUAUU